GUAAGUGGUGAGUGCGGGGAAUUUUUUGAAGGGGUAGACCGCUCGAUGGACUGCGCGUGUUGGUGUUAGGACGCGGGGUUGCAGGGGAGGACAAUUUGAUGUUUCGAAGGAACGAGGUGUAGCGAGGAAGCGCGCGUCGCGUGGUAAGAGAGGGAGUACUGGGUGAGUGAGUGUGAGGGGUGUGCGGGAAGCGAGGGUUAUGAUCGGAUUCUCCAUUGGGGUGAAUUUUGCGUCUGCAACUGGAGGUGGGUGUGGACUCGGUUGCGCGUUGAAGAAGACUGGCAAGUCAGAGGUUAGAUGUUUUUGUUGUACCUCGACGGUAGAUGGCUACAUUUCUGCGCCUGUGGUCUUUCCGGUGUUGUUUUCGAGCUGUAGAGUGAGCCCAAGGCCAUUCGCAUUGCGGGUGCCGAGGACAUGGAACUCACAUGUGAACUGGUAUUGCCGAAGUAGUUCGACUUGGUUAGAAGACGAGCGGGCUCGUGGUGAAGUUGAAAACCACCCCGUGGUUGUAUGGCGACUGUUCCACGGACAUUUCUUGGCGCUUGUGUCUUUCGUAGACGCAAAGGAGGUUGUGACGGGAUUGUUAUGCGGAGGUAGAGGUCGUGGACGCAGGUCACAACUUUCCAGUGUGGAGCUGAUGUGGCAGAGGUGUGUGUCGGCAUUGGAAAACCUGAGGUGUGGUUGGAGCAUGCUGCGUCUUCGUGUGUGUCGAUUGUGUCGGGGGUGCUGGUGAGCGGUAUCGAUUGCGAUUCGGUCCUGUAUGUGUCAGAGGCCUCGGAUCCGGUGGGUGUCAGAUGCUUGAAGAAUGUCAGCGACGCAAAUGGUGUGUGUUUGACGGCUUAAGUGUGCAUCAGAAGCAUUUGGCCCGAUUCUGGGUUUGGAUACGGGACCCGUGGACGCGCGAUGCAGAGACUUGACCGUCGGGAUCGAACUUGCGGAGCAGGGUCGUACUGGCCUUGCUGCGAGGGGAGUUUGGGAGGGCCGACUGAGUGUAUGACGUUAGAGAUCUGUGGGCGGGUCCUGCAGGUAACAAGCUUUCACAAUUAAGCAGGGGCUGUGAGCGUGCUAUUUGUUCCUUUUCGCUCUUGUGUUUAGCGGCAGAGUGUGUACUGCGUUCCAGCAAGAGUUUUCGACGGUAACGUUCAGUCCUCAAAUGACGCUUCUGGUGCUUGGCGACGGCGUGCCGUGGCGUGUCCAAAAGAGGAUAUAAGCGAUGUAAUGUUUGCGAGGGUGUGUUGACUGGGACGGUUGUGUAACGGAAUGAACGAAGGUUCGCGGAGGUUUUGGCGGGGUUUUCACGUUGGAGCAGGGGUUAUUGCGGGAGGGAACGAGAGUGGUGUGUGGUUGAGAAGCAAGUGAAACCUGUAAAGAUUUUGGUAGGGGACGUGGAAUCGAUGCAGCGCCUGGUUGGGAAACGGAAGAGUUUGAGGAUGGGUGGUGUAUGAGGGUGGUGCGAGCAAGAAUGGAGGCUCGGAUUCGAAGAGUUGGUGGUGGCUUUCCCGGAUACGAUGGACCUGCGCUGCCGCGGGGUCUGCGGUCGCAGCGGCAGGGGCGAGGGGGCGACGCUGCGAAGCGGGAGGCCAAGACCCUGGGUCGCGGCGGGGUGUUCGAACUGUUGGCCACCGUGGCGGGGCAGAUCCUGCAAGGAGCGGGAGGGGAGGAUGGUAGCAGGACGAAUCGGGGUGACAGGGAAGGUGCGAAGGGAGAGUUGGAGGUUGGCGUGGAUUGUGUGAGGGCGAGUUUGGAGAGCAGGAAACGAUCGACGUCGGGAGGUAAACCCCGGUCAAGUGGAGACGGGAGGGCGAAAGGCGAGGGUGUGGCGCAUGUGGGAUGGAUUGGGGAUGUGUGUGUACGGGAGGAAGUCGUACUUCGGCGGCAGCGGUGCAUACACUCGGCAGCGGACGACGCGCGGGUUGAGCAGCAAGAGGAGGAAGGUGGCGGAUGGUAG